UGUUGACAACUAUUAGUGGACAAAUUAAGUAUAUAAGGGUCGAUGUUAGUUUAUUGCAGAAUCACAGUUACUGCAACAACGAAAAGUUCCUUUCAAAAACAUUCAUUCUCAAAGUUCAAAAUGACUAAAUUACUGUUGGUUCUUUGCAUUGCUUUCUUGGUCGUGAGCGUAGCUAUUGCUUGCAAUCCACCGGGUUUUCCAUGCAUGUCUGACGACGAUUGCUGUCCAAUGUAUCAUUGUAACAUUUGGGCUCGCCGUUGCACCAAAGUUAAACCAGUUCCUCCACCAGUUGAAGCAGCCCCUUAAUUUGAUGCCGAAACAAUUGAACUGACUUUAAAAAAAAUAUCUCAUUAUGCUACUACCGAUUGUGAUUGUAAUUUAAAUUAAUUCAAUAAAUUCUUGUUUACUUCAAA